UUUUCAUUUGUCUGGGACAGAUUUGACCGGGUGCUUGAUACAGAGAUGAAACAAGCAGAACACAUGAUGGUAGAGAGUCCUCUUGAUGGUGCUGACCUUAAAGACUUGGAAGAACCACCUGCGGAUUUUCCUUCUAUGACAUCCAGUUCAUUUUAUCCUAACUCACAUAACCCCUCAAUUCAUUGUCCUAACAAUCGUAGAAACUCAACACCAUUGGCUGGAAACGCUAAAGGUUCAUGGAUACACGAUUUUUUUUUGUCACAACAACUGCUUGGUGAAGGGCUGUUUAAUGAAUUUAUUGAGUUUUUUGAUCUGAGAGCAGAUCAAAGCAUUUUUAUCCUUCGAACUGGAAGUAAAAUGUCAACUCCCUUGAAUGAAAAGAAAAGUGCAUUGAAAAUUCUUUCAGCUUCAGAAGUUAUAGAGUGUGAAGAGGAAGAAAUUCAAUGGAUUGAGAAUGGAUGGUUUGUAAUAGGAGCUCAAAAGCAAAACAUUCACUUGCUGUUUUUCAUUAACGGAAGAUUAAAAGUUUUAUCCUCAUUUUGCAUGGCUGUAGAGAGAAAUGCUUCCUUCAGAAAGUGCCACCAGUUGUGUGCAGAAUGGUUGCAAAAACACUUGUCUUCACAAGCAACAGAUUUUUCUUGCUUUAUUUCAGAAUCUGGACUAUUUCCAUGCUCUGAUGAUGAGGUUUCAAAAGACUUUAAAGAUUUUAGUCACAUUUAUAUUGUGAAGAAGAUUUUAGUUACUAUCAAAAUAGUUUUACGUUUAAACACAAGGACAGAAAAGUCAUUUUUAUUGAAUGUCAUGAUACUGUUUGUGUUCAAGAACUCAAAGAACAGUUCUGUGCAGUUUACCAAGAAGAAGAGAAGACAAUUUUUGAUGUCUCCUGUGUUUGGCUUGUGCAUAAAGAUAAGGUUCCUUCAGAAGAACAGGUUCUUAGAAACCUGUGGUAUAUUCAGGGUGAUAAAAGCUUUGAUUAUGAAGACCUGGACUUGGAUGCUAAGCAUACAUUUUAUGCAUUCAUUCAUCCUCCUGGAUCUAUUCCAGUCAAAUUAAACUAUAAAUCAGGGAUUAAGAAAUUCCUGAAAUCUGAAUGUACCAUAAUAGUUUCCCCUGAUGACUCUGUAGACUCUCUUAGGGAUGAAAUUGCAAAGGUCACACACACCAAUCCGAUGUCAUUUAAACUUCUUAUAAAUGGCAAAAAGAUUGAAGCAGAGACUGACCUUUGGCCAAUCAUUCAGAGCCAUUCUAACUGCACCAUUGUAGUGGAACAGAGCACUAAAAUCGAGAUAGAUAUUGUUACAAGUACUGGCACUUGCUCUGAAGAUGCCAAUCAGAAAGUCCUAAUCUCCAGAUUCAAGUAUGAAAAAGUGGACACGCUGAAGAAGGAAGUUUGUGAUCAACUGCAGAUGCCUCUUCAUUGUAUUGAUCUUUACCACAAUGACAACCACCUCAAGGACAAUGAGAGCCUUCGAAGCUCACGACUAAGAAAUAAAGACCAAAUAAAGGCAGUGGUACUCCGGAAUCGGAUCUGGCUAAAAAUUAGAAUGGUGAGAUGUAAAUCAAAGUGGGUGGACAUUGAAGUUGACGACCAGACUCUGACAACAGUGGGGCAUCUGAAAGCAUUUGCUCGAAGUCAGCUGGUUAAAAUAGCUACUGAGUCUCCUUCUGAUGUUUUAGAUUCAAACCAAGAGUGCAGCAGUGAGUUCCCCAUAGAAAUGAUUGCCAUUUAUAAAGGAAAUGUUUUAGGGGACCAGGAAAACCUGCACAGUGCUGGUGUAAACAUGAAUGACACCAUUGUGUUUGUAGAGUAUGAGAAGCGUUGCUUUACAGCCAUGGUUGGUGAGAUUCCCAUCUUUUUCUGCAAAGAAGGUUGUGGUCAGACUCAGCGUGUGAUAGCCAUGUGCAAUGGGAAAAUAUAUUUCUUUGCACAUGAAAGUUUAACAGGAUCUGAAAAUGGCAACCAGUGCAAGUUGUUUUAUCAGCAACCUUACAGCUUGCCAGCUCAGCCUGGACUUCGGCUUUGCCCUGAUCCAUUGAGAACCCACAUUCCCAUCUCUCCGUCUUCACCUGCUAUUUCAAGUGCCUCACAGAACACAGAUACUUAUACCAUGUGCAAAUCAAAAUCAAUACCUCAGUUUAUAUCAGCAGUAAACUCACCAAUGUCUAAACCCCAACUCCAGUCUUCAUCUGUAAAUAAGAGUAAAGGCCUUUCCACAGCUUGUAGACAAUCCACAUCUAUGUGGAUUAAAUGGAAUCUUAACUUCAACACCUAAUUCAAAAAAUGACGAAGACACCCAGCCAAAGACAGAAACUUAUUCCAGCUUGUCAGUCAUGCCAGUCAGUAGAAGACAUCGACAUGCCUCAUCACCAGAUGAUAAAGAACACUGUCCCAGGACCAAUGAUGACAAUAAAACAAGAAAAUCUCAGACGCGAAAACAGACUUUAUGGUGAUAGCUCUGGUUAUCUCACAGAGCCUGUAGCUAAAAGAGGGAAACAAAACUUACACCACCAGGAAUUAUGUAUGUCAUAUACUCAGACAGAUGGUCAUGGAAGAACAAUUGUAAACCAGAAAGUCACAAUGGAAAAACAUGUUGACAAGGAGUAUUUGGAAACCAGUGCUUCAGAUUCAACAUUUUCAUUGUCCAGCUUCAUUGGAAUGUUAUCUAUAGAUGAAACUAAUAAUAAUUCACGGCAAGCUGUUACAAGUUCCCCAUCAAGUGAAAUUGGUUUCAUCUGUGGUUCCUCGGACAACACUUAUUGCUAUGUUAAAAAAGAAAUCAUCAAAAAGGUUGCUGAAAGCCUGGAGGAGACAGAAAGAUCACGGUUCUUUGUAUCGCUCGGCUUUACCUUCCAGGAAAU